AUGGCUCCUCCCUUCCUCGACUCCGCUGUGGGCCUUUGUCCUGGCUGCUCUCUGGGUCCCAGAGUGGCUACUCCUGCUACUGACUCCUCCCUGGCUCCUUACACCAUCAUCCCCUCCUUGGCAUCUCCCACACCAACGGCUCUUAGUUCCUGCCUUUUACACGCUCGUAAUGUCCUCCUCCAGAUCCCCAAUUGGACUAUUACACAUGAGGAUGUGCCCUCCCAGGAUGGUGACCAUAAUGAUGAUAAUGUCUCUCGCCAGUCUCGUCAGACCCCGGAGGGCGAGUUCCUGCCGUUGGAUCAGUGUGAACUGGAUGUGGGCUUUGGAACAGGUGCUGACCAACUCUUCCUGGUGUCUCCCCUCACCAUUUGCCACGAGAUCAAUCCCAAGAGCCCUUUCUUCGACCUGUCCCAGCGCUCGCUCAUGAACGAGCAGUUUGAGAUUGUCGUCAUCUUGGAAGGCAUUGUAGAGACAACGGGUAUGACAUGUCAGGCUCGUACCUCGUACACGGAAGAUGAGGUGUUGUGGGGUCACCGCUUCCUGCCUGUCAUGUCUCUGGAAGAGGGCUUCUUUCGUGUGGACUACUCCCAGUUUCACAGCACCUUUGAGGUGCCCACGCCACCCUACAGCGUGAAAGAAUACGAGGAGAAAUCCUCGCUCCCCUCUCCCCUGCUCACGCCGCACCGCGAGAAAGGGUUUUCCAUGGACUGCCUGGAAACAGGUGAGGAAAGGGCGCAUCCCGGAAGCGCUUCUUGCAAGCUGCCCAGUAAACUCCAGAAAAUGAGUUCGUCUGGCAGAGAAGAUCUGCAGAGGAAGGCGCUACGCUUGAGCUCGCAGCACUCCGAAAAGGCUUCGAGUACCGGGGACCUUCCUCUUAAACUACAGCGGCUCAGCUCUAGUCCUGGGCAGGUUGACGGAGAGGCACGAUUCCACCUCAAAGCCCUAAAGGUGGGUUUCCAGCCCAUGGCCUUGUCCACUGGAGACCUUCACCAGAGGAGUCUGCCUCCCACCCCAGUGGUCGUCCCCACACACCAGCACGCUCCUCCACACACGCCUGGUGGCCGAAUGGAGGACAACCUGCCUGCCAAAUUAAGGAGGAUGAAUGCAGAUCGCUGACCUGGAAGUGCUUCUGGAACUUUGUACUGAUCUAAGAGCAGUGUUUACGGUUUAUUUACGAUGAGCACAACUACAUCCAGAUUAGGGCAAAAUUAUUGUUUUGUUCUGAACUGAACAAGGACUCUUGUAGAGUAACGGUAAUGUGAACUUUCUGACUGCACAGUGAAUGAAUUUUUGCAUUGGCUUGACCUGCAAAAAAAAAAAUAUUAGU